ACCGUAAAGGCUUAACUAGCUACCGGAGCUAAGAGAAGAGUUUAGCGCCGUUAGUAAGAAAAAAAUUUGGAUUUCUUUGUCGAUACCUGGUACCACUGGGAUAUGUAAUGUAUUCUUCUUGAAGUGGACAAGCCACAGGACUUCAGCCCUGCGACGAGCAGCCGACGAAGGUAGUGCCAGCCCAUCGCUGAAGUACAGAGCCAUUGCUGAUAUAUGGAUUGAAUAUGGAUCUACACUCUAUUCUGAACGACUCAGACUCUGACGAUGAGCAGUACUUGCGAGGGGAUCCCAUCGAAGGAUUGGGACAGUAUUCGGACGGCUCUGGCCAUGUAGACCUGGAACAAAUACUUCGCGAUGACGACGACGAUGAGGACGACGAUAUUGCUGGUUGCGAGGACAUGAACAGCAGUAAAAUUAUCGGCAGAAACCCAAUGAAGAUUGAUUGUGCCAGUGACGACCAAGAUACAGCUAGUCAGCAUUUUUCCACGGGCCAUUCGGCCGAGGAUUGGGCUGUCUUGCAGGCACUACUUGGAGAGGACCAUGAGGAAACCGAAGUUGGCGAUGACGAUUGGAUGCAUGCCUCGGAUGGUUUUGCGAGCCGCAAACACAAUGUUGAUGCCAUUUUGCUCUCUGAUAACGACGACGACUCGGACAAUGUUAGCGCCACACAUCUUGGACCAAUGACUUCCCUGUCCGUUGGACUGCCUCCAGAGCCUCCAACCAAUGUGUCACCCACAUCCCAUAUUGGAUCAACUGUCGGGGGCCAGCGAACGACUGAUUACCGGAACGGGAGUGACUCAUCAUCCGCCGUGAACCUUCCAGUUGCCAAAAAGGAAACUCCCAUUUCUUUGCCCUCUACCAGAAAGCAAAAAAAUGUAUCAGAACCACCUGCAGUAUCUGCGACAAUAUGGUCCGGACCUUCCUCAUUGUCUAAACCCGGUGCAUCUGUCAGGGAAGUAGAGACGAAGGUAAUUUCCGAUCGAGCAUUAGAGCAUGCACAGGCGUACGAGCGAAAGCUGCUGAGAUCAGGCCACAGAGACAUUGUAUCUCCGCUGAUGGUCAAGAGACGGCUGAAACAAAAGAUAAUCAUGAGUACCAGGGCCCACCGAAAGAGCAAUUAUCAAUCAGGUCGGGUAGGUACCACGUCCGCCGAGCCAAGGUUUGGAUUUUCGGGAGUUCUAGAGAAUCGAACCAUGAAUGGCGUGGCGAAAGGAUUCAGACAAGACAAUCUACGCAAGAAGGGAAUCAAGAUGGAUGUUGGUUUGCCAACUGCUCUGGCAGUAAACUCGAAAUUCAUCGCACUGGGGACACAGAAUGGCAUCGUACUGGUCUUUGACCUGUUUGAAGUGCUCAAGCAAGUUCUGAAUCCCGCACAUAGUGACGACACCUGGAAUAGCAAACAAGCUGGGUCAAUUACAUCCAUCGAUCUCAAUAUGAACGACGAAGUCUUGGUGGCAGGGUACACGUCAGGAUUCAUAGUACUGUGGGAUACCAUACGAGGGGUAGUUCUACGAACCGUCUGUGAUACCCAUCCAUCGCCAAUCACGAGCGUUCGCUUCCUUUCCGACUUGAAGAUGCUGUCAGUCGACGCUGGUGGCCUAGUCAACAAAUUGACAUUCACGAAAACAAUGUUAUGGUCUACAUACUCCAUGGAGACCGAGUGUCUGCUGGACGGCACGGCAGGACAGAUACUCGCCAUGAAUGUACAACCCCCUGUCUCAACGGUUAAUCCUCAGGUUCUCCCUGAAUCGGCAGCUCAGCUUCGCAAACUGGUACUGGUCGCCCUGUCUUCCGAAAGGAGUUCAUUUGCAGUGGCUGUCGAGCCAACAGUAAACGUCCUGCAUCGAUGGGCAAAGCCUCCGGCUGACAGAAUGAACACGCCACCGGGAAACUCUGUUCACGAGCUUGUAAGCGAACAAACCUUCCUCCCUUGCCUUGCUUGGGGGUGGGCGUUCACUUCUGGGGGUGGUAAUGUUGUCGCCCCUAUUCUUGCUCGUGCUUGGGGCUGCUGCGUACAGUUGCUGCUAGCAAGUCUUCCCAGCAGUGACGAGGAAGCUUCACAGUCUGUAAAUGGCAGUCCAGAGGCUGUCCAAUAUCCCUCGUUCGGACUGAUCGGAGAGUUUGACAUUGACGAUCCAGUUGUUGCACUGGAGUGGCUCAAUGACAGAUCUCUGGCCUACUUGACAGUUACAAGCGAAUUCUGCGUGGUUGACACGGUGACGAUGACGCUAAUCGAUCGCCUGGACUUCUCACCAUUGAGAAUGGUGUACGCUGAAUUCUCGCUGAGUCGCAGCAUGAGCAUGGAACCUGGAGACCAUGGAGCGGAACCAAAUGCAACCUUUUGUUCCACAUUCCAAAACAGCAUCCGAUCUAGUGAUCACAGACUUUUGGUCCUGUGCCAAGACGAGGUGAAACUGGUUUCGAUGGUUGGCGCCAAGAAAAGGAUUGCCGCUUUAGAAGAAGACGGCGAAUGGCUGGAAGCUCUGGCUGCAGCAUUGGAUCAUUAUGAAAGCACAGUCAGUAGCUUGGAAGAUCGCAAGAGAAGCGCUGGCGGAAGAAAGGAUCUGUCGAAACACCCCGAAUUCAUUUCUGCCACAAAGAACGAAGCGGACGAGUGGAUAUCACGUUUGUUGCUGCGGUACCUCAACCUGGCUGUGGACAAUGCUCCCGAAUCACCGUUGGACGAGCACGGUUUGAUAGCCUUGGAUGGGACCCAUGCAAUUGUUGACCUUGCGCAAAGCCAUUUUCAAAUGCUCGCGGGUGUUUGCGUCGAGUUCUGCCUGGUCACUCGACGCCUCGAUCUCCUCUUUGGACAAAUCUUCCGUCGAUUUCAAGCUGUCGGCUUUACAUCAGUCUUCUUGGAUGUGCUUGAGCCGUAUGUUCUGAACGAUAAGCUUUCAUACAUCGCACCCGAGGCUAUGGCAUAUUUUGUCGACCACUGCAAAGCAACAAACGGAAUCGCAACUGUAGAAAGGUGUCUACUUCACAUGGAUGUAAGGAUCAUGGAUUUCCACUCUAUCCUCGCCUUGCUGAAGAACAAUCAAAUGUACUCCGCACUUUUUUACGUGAUGAACCAAGGCCUGGAUGACUAUGUGACACCUUUGGAGUUUCUUCUGGACAAGAUCUUUGAUGCCUCGGACGACUACAACACCAUACCAGUUGUCGCAGCGCCAAGACGCAGCGAUGGGGCCCCAGAGACUGAAUUUGAAAGACUUGGUUACAAGGCAAUCCUCUACAUCCAGAGCUGCUUCAGAGGGAAGGCAUUUCCAAAAGAAUCCGACAUUUCUCCGCCGGAUCGUUUGCCGUCUCUUCGUUCUGAAGUUAUUGGUCUUUUUCUCAGAGAAGAGUACACUCCGUCAGCGCUUGAACGAGACAAACAAGUGAUUGGUAAACGAGCUUUGCAAUAUCCAUACACGCGAAUUCUCCUAGAUGUUGAUGCGAGAGCAUUGCUGGAUUCAAUUGCCAUGGCACUGGAUGCUCCUGAUGAAAUUCUGUCGUCGUCGGACUCAAGCAUGGGUUCUAUGGGUGCUUCCAAGGCCAUUCAGAAGGUGGCCGCAAUGUUGUCAUGCAUACUCCUUCCAGAUUCCAAGAAUGCUGGGCCUCCCCCGGCCAAGGCGGCCGUGAAUGCUUACCUCGACUUUCUGGCCAGCUAUCUCAUGAAGGGCCUGAUUUCAGUUGAGAAGUCAACCACGUUCAAAAUCUUGAGCAGAAUGGCUGAGCGUUUCUCGUUGGCCAAGGGAACGAAUCGACUGAAAGACCAACGCAAGAUCCUUGAUUUGCUCACUGCUCUGCCUAGGAAGAGCUAUGACUCGGCAGAAGUCCUGCGACUUGUGGACAAGACUGGCAUCAACAGAGCUGCUCUUCUAUUGCACCAAGAAGAGGCCCUUUGGGAGGGCGGUCAAACUGAUCCCUCCAAGCGAUCUUGUCAUUUCAGCAAAGCCAUCGACUGUUACCUGAGAGAUGAUGAUGUUCUUUUCCGCAGAGAAGUUUUUGAGUACGUGAAAAAGGAAUGUGCUGGCACUGCAGAGCCUCCAUUUCGAGUUGCUUCAGACGGUUUUCCAUCGAAUAGCAUCAGAGAGUCACUUUUCUCCAGAAUACCUGAUCUGGUGCAGCUGGAUCCGUUGAUGACAGCUGAACUUGUGGCCGAACUGUUUGUUGAGGAGUUGCAACGUGUGGUGGAGUUGAUGGACAAUUUUGAGAACAGGGAGGCACAGUUUACUUUCUUUCAAGCGAUAAUCGGAGGUGAUCUUCAUGACAUCAACCCUGUUGCUGGUUCUGUUCUCAACGCCCACCUUGCCAUGGAGCAUCACCACAAGUACCUCUCUCUGAUGGCUCAACUGCAUCCAGAUCUUGUGUAUGGAUAUUUGUCAACUCACGAUAACUACCGUGCUGAGGAAUGUUUGACGCUUUGUCAGGAACAAAAAAUUGCCGAUGCCAGUGCGUAUCUCUUGGAGCGCAUGGGUCAUGUUGCAAGUGCAUUGCAACUGAUCUUGCAGACAUUGGAGAGCCGCAUGAUGAGCUUAAAGCGGACGAUCCGUGGAAUGGGUCUUGAUGAGCGACAAUGGAACAAGCAUUACUUGCGGGGCAGACGUAGCAUGAACAAAUCUGUAUUGGCUACAUUAGGUGGGAAACAAGAAAAGGAGGUGCAGGCAGUGAAGCGUCUACUUGUUGUGGCGCUUGACAUGUGCGAACGCAAUUCUCGGACACAGUCAUCUGCCAGCGACCAUGGAUCUCAACUGUGGUUCAACGUGCUGGACCGACUGAUCAAUGCCAAGGGCUUUCUGAGGCUUUCCAAGGAAAAGGAGGCUCAUGCGUUGGUCAUGUCAAGUGUUUUGGGUGAGCUUUUGAGGAUGGCCAUGCAGAGGAUGGUUAGCAGUGUACCUUUAACUGACCUGGUGAGAAAGGUCACUUCGGACCAUUCUGGAAGCCGUCUUGGUGAACUUCGAGAAAUGAUGGAGAGUCUGUUGAGUACCUAUGGAUUUGAGUUGAAGGUCUUUAGCAGUGCUGUGAAGGUAUACCACUUUGAUGUCAAGAGCAUGCACAGUGACCAACGGAGUCUGAAACUUGAGGGCACUGGUGUAUCCAAGACAAUGGAGGUGCCUUCUGAAGCUGCUGAGGAUGGAGAACCAGAGAAUGUGACAGCUGCUGUUCUGGAGAAGACGAGCCAGAGUGGGUGUCCGGUACUGGUGAGUCGUGGAGGAGAUUUAUCCUUUGCAGACAAUGAAAACAUGUUGGAUUCUCGAAAAAAAGAUGGAGGAUUGGCUGAUGCAAUGUCUCGACUUCGGUCACGACGAGGAACAGGUACUUUGGGAAAGCGCAAUCCCCGUGGCAGGGGGGCUGGUAUUGGCUUUGCACCGGAUGAUGAUCAGACCAGGGACCCGGAAGAUGCACAUGGGCCACUUGUAGGUCAGCUGGGAGAGGCAGAACAUCGUGGAAGGCUCAUGUCUUUCAUGUAGAGUUUGCCUUACAGGGCAGCUAAUUGACAUGAUGUAGCUUGUGAUUGGUUGCUCUCAUCUACUAUGAUAAUGCUCAAGCUAUUAGAGGAUAUCAAGUACAGUACCCUAGGCCUCCUACUUUUUGCAUACCAGUACUGAACUAGCUCGCUAGCAAUGGUGUCUGUCUUCCAGAGGAUGACUGUCGACGAUGGGCUUGUCUUAGCCCAGCUUUUCUAAGCCACGCUAAGCUUGUCUAAGCUAAGCUAGUCCACAGAUACAAUUACUGCA